AUGUCUUUCGCACGAAGUUUACAAGACGAAUUACGAGAGCCCGAAGAUUUUGACUCUUCAUCAGGCUGUGAUUUAUCUUUCGAGUUGUCUAGUGACAAUGUCGGAGAAAUGAUGCCCUUUUUCAGCCCAAAAGCCAGCCAUGGACCAAGAAAAUUGGAAUUUUCUGGAUGUGACAACAAUAAUGGAACACCUGGACCAAAGAAUCAAUCAUUCAGUCCCCCAUACAAAAGGGUUAGAGCCCUAAGGCUAUUCGAUAGUCCUCUCACACCAAAGACUAUCAUACAGAAAUCCUCUUCUACCACCCCUGUACCCAGAAGCAGGCUCUUUGGUGAUAAACCCAGAGCUGUGGCUAGUGCAUAUGCUAGAAGAGAAGACAGACCUACAGCUAAUGUUAAUCCAUUCACUCCUAAUGGUAUGCUGCUAUCAAAAAAACGUUCCAGGUCAAUCAGAUCCCUGGUGGGUUCCCCAGAUAUUAAACCACCAAAAUUUGAUCUGAACGAAAGUGAUGCUUCAGAUAUUGAAAUUGAACAACCAACAAAGAGAGUUGCUCUACAAGAGAAUAAUAUUUCAAGAUACCAUCAGGAAUUCUUAGAGUUAGAACUUAUAGGAAAAGGACAAUUCGGAUCAGUUUAUAAAUGUGUUAAUAGAUUAGAUGGCUGUAUUUAUGCUGUCAAAAAAUCUACUAAACCUGUAGCAGGUAGUGCCUUUGAAAAGACAGCUUUGAAUGAAGUUUAUGCACAUGCAGUACUAGGUAAACAUCAGCACGUCGUUAGAUACUACUCCGCGUGGGCGGAAGACAAUCACAUGAUCAUCCAGAAUGAGUACUGCAAUGGGGGCUCUUUGGCGGACAAAAUCGUUCGAGAACCGCUCAGCGGUCAGGAGCUGCGCACCCUUCUACUACACGUCGCUGAAGGCCUCAGGUACAUCCAUUCGGAGGGCCUGGUCCAUAUGGACAUCAAGCCGGGCAACAUCUUCGUAUCUAGAGAGAAAAAGUUGCACAUCACCAACUACGAUUCGGCGGACGACGGAUUCGAAGAUCUCGACGACACAUCGCUGCUCGAAGAGGAACUGACGUAUAAGAUCGGCGAUUUGGGGCACGUGACCAGCAUACAGAAUCCACAGGUGGAGGAGGGCGACUGCCGCUACCUGCCCAACGAGAUCCUCCACGAGGACUACUCGCACCUCACCAAGGCGGACGUGUUCGCGCUGGGCGUGACGGCGCUCGAGUGCGCCGGCGCCGGCCCGCUGCCCAAAAAUGGCGACGAGUGGCACCGACUGCGCCAAGGCCGAGUGCCCGCGCUGCCGCAGAAGCUCAGCCGCGACCUCGUCGAGCUGCUGGAGGCGAUGAUUCGACCGGACGCGACUCAUCGGCCAUCGCCCAGUCAGAUACUGCAGCACAGGGCCCUUUCCCCCGACAGCUCCAAGACCAAAUCGGAGCUGACGCGAGAACUGAACGCCGAAAAGAUGAAAAACGAGAUGCUGGUGAAACAGCUGAAGGAGGCGGCGAUGUGCAUCAAAACCAUCGCCAACGAGACCGUCAAACUGCCCUCCAUUGCCAAGAUCAAUUCGAGGUUGAUCGGCAAAAAGGUGAACAGGAGCAUAAGCACCACGACCUUCUAGCUAGGUGAUUAUUAUUAUUAUUAUUUCUAUUGUGUUAUCGAUCGAAGUAUAGAGUUAUUCUGAUAGUUAUAUUUUUGCCUAUAUUUUAUAUUUUUAUUGGAAAUGGAAACCCCUCCCCCCCUCGACGACCUUGUUUGUGUUUUUUUUUUCGAAGUCGGUAGCUUUGAACUACUAGUGAAAUUUACUCGAUUAUGCCUGUGAAUAACAGAAUUGGUUAACCUCGGACAAGGUUUCUCCAACUAACUGCUAAAAAUUGCUGCAGACAACAAAACAAAAAUAUUUCUGGAACCUUGAAAACCAUUAGAGAUGAAAAGAUGCUUGAAUGAUUAGAAGGUUUUUGGUUCUAUUUGAGUAAAGAAAAAAGAUUUCACCCUGAACCACUUUUGACAACCUGCAAAAAAAAUGGUGCUUUGAGUUUUCAUUUUCGAGGUUUCAGCUUUGUUAGUGCAUCAACUUUCUUAUUAAAAAAAAAAAAAUGGGGAUUGAACAAAUGUUUCAUUGUGAUACCCUGUAGGUCCUGUUUUGUGUACCACAUUUAACUAUGAAGAAUAAAAUAGAUUGUCAUUCUUGUUUUUUUUUAGUGAAAAUAUACAGGUUUGCAUUUGAAUAUACAGGGUCGGCCACCAGUAACGCCUCGGUCUC